UCUCAGAUUGAGUGCAAUAUACUUGAUUAAUUAUCUCUGUGCAGACUCUUCAACUUUAUAAGAGUCGUAUUUAAAAACGAAAGACAUCUAGAAAUUAUCGGAUGCUAUGGACUUUUUGGAGCAGCGGCUGUGUUCGACUUGCCUAUCAAAAAGACUUCCGGUACGCAAAAUAAUUAUAGCUUUUCCAAACCUAAUAAUGUUUCAAUUUGGAGUGAUCGGUGGCCAAUCUGCUAAAUGAUGGGACAUUCCGUAGCCCAAUGUCACAAAUUUAUAGGGAUGAAUACCUAUCCCACAGAGCGAAUGGAUAUCGCAAAAAAGGUGCAAUUAUGCACAAGAUGUCUUUAACAUCUUAACGGGCAGAGAAUUACAAGCGAAUAAUUGUGUUCGCUUUGUAAUAAAACCCAUCACACAAUGCUUCAUUUAAAUACUCAAAAGAGAGAAAAAGUCAGCAAUUGUGUGACGGCAACUCAAGCAUUACUUGCAACCGCAAGAAUUAAUGUAAAAUGGCCAUUAGCGAGUUUGAAAGCUUAAAAGCGCUGAUUGACAGUAGAUUCCAAAGCCCUAUUUUAUCAGAAUAAGUAGCACAAAUAUUAAAGCUACCAAAAAUAAAAUCUAAAGCUCAGAUUAGUGGGAUAUCUUCUGAAGGUACAAUCCUAUCAAAAUACAAAACAAAAAUGGUAAUAAAAUCUUCUAAAUCUUCUAAAUCUUAAAAUCCAUUGGUUACCGAGGCAAUAUUAUUGCUAAAAUUAAUAAAAGCUCUUCCUAUUAGAGAAAUAAAUAUAAAUAAAUCAAUAUGGCAACAUUUCUCGUUAGUUGACCAGGACUUUAAUAAGCCAGGCCGAGUUAAUGUAAUUAUUGGCUUAAGAGCGCUGAUUGACAGUGGAUCCCAAAGCACUAUUAUAUCAGAAGUGGUAGCACAAAUACUAAAGCUGCCAAAAAUAAAAUCUAAAACUCAGAUUAGUGGGAUAUCUUUUAAAGGUACAAGUGUAUCAAAAUAAAAAUGGUAAUAAAAUUCCCUAAUUCUUAAAAUCACCAAGGCAAUAAUAUUGCCAAAAUUAAUAAAAACUUUUCCUAUUAGAGAAAUAAAUAUAAAUAAUUAAUUUAAAAUUGCAAAAUUUCUCAUUAGCUGGCCCGGACCUUAAUAAGCUAUGCCGAGUUGAUGCACAUAUCUUAAAGAAAGAUAUUGCAAAAUUAAUGGCCUGUUAGGUCAAAAUACACAUUUUGAUUGAAUUAUUUCUGGUACUAAGAGUACUGAUUCAACAGUUGCAAAUACAAUUGAAGUACAAGAUUUAGAACGAUCCUGGGACUAAAAAAAAAUUUUGAUAAAAAUUACAUUGAAACUAAAUUCGUAAAACCAAUUUUAUUCAAGCCACAAACCGAAAUUUGCAAGCGCAGCAAGAAAGUUAGACGAAGAGUUGUCGAAAGCAAUACCAGAAAAUUCCGAUAGAAGAUAGAAGAAGUAUAUAAAGGUGAGGAGGAGAAAGUUCGGGUAGUUAAGGUCAAGAUGCAAGAUGCAUGUAUUUCUCGACCGAUCAGCAUAAUUUGCCCUCUUAUAGGAAUAAAGGAUACCCAAAAUUGUUUGGAGACCAUUUAAAAGCCACUUAAUUAACCAUAGUGCAGAAAUUGAUAGAUUAUCAACAGAUUUAGCACAUUUAAAUUUACAUCACAUAUCUGGUCAUACACCCAGAAAAAAGUAGAACGAAUAAUUUUAGCACGAACGUUCUUGAAAAUCGGCCGAAUAAUUCUUAAAAUUUUUAGGACGAACGUGUACAGAAUAAGUACGGGUCAUACUUGAUAAUAGUAUUUACAAUUUUUUUUUUUUAACACACAGAGAAAAUAUAUUUUAUAGCUUUAAUUCUGAUUAUAAUAUCUAUAAAUAAUAACAGAAUUAUAAAAAAAGCAUUUAAAUCUAUAAAUUAAGCAUUUUUUCACUAGCAGUCAUACGAUUAUACGUUAAUUUUGUACAUUUGAGCACAUUUGUGUAUAUCGAUGUGUAUCGAUCGAUAUCUUCUUUUCGGCUAGUCGAUCGAAAAGCUGCCUUACUUUAAAACGAGAAGUGCGCAAGUAAGAGAUCCGAGUCGCAGCGUAAAAAAAUGGAAAGAGAAUCGCCCAAAAAGCUAGAGGACGCGUUGGAAGAAAUGGGAAUGCAGGGUGUGCUGCCGUACCUGCAGGAAGCUGGAGUGACUUUGUCACUAUUAGAAAGUGUGACAGAGGAGGAGCUAAAGGAAGCAGUUCUCCAAUUGGGACUGCGUAUGCUAUUCAAGCGGAAGCUUACAAUUUGGAGAGAAAAAAAUAAAAUUACCAAGGUCAGCGCAGGCCAAAACGAAAACGAGACCACUUUUGUGCUCCACAAGAGCAUUCGUUCGAUUAUAGAGGCGAAGGAGCAUGGAAAAACGUUAAUUAAUAAAAGGAAUCUUGUUCAGGUGGAUAGAAUCUGGCUGAUCAGCGCAAUAGUUGAGGAAGCCAUCAACAACAAUUUAAUAAUUUGUUAAAGGAAAAGUUUUCGGACUGCAACGAAUUCCAUUUGUAUGAUAUAUUAAUUUUUAAAGGAACUCGGUACAAAAUCAAUUACUACUUAGGUGUAAUAUUAAGUGAUUUUGAGUUAUUUAAAAUUAAUUUCUAUAUGCCAACCAAUUAAAAUUACAAACAUUGAUAAACAUUUUCGCGCAUACGUAAUUGGCUCUGCUAAAGAAUAUUGUAUUAGAAAGUUAAGUGAAUUCGAUACUGCUCCUUUGCAUUUAUAUCCUGUAAAUAAUAAUAAAACUCUUGUUCGUAUUAAAUAUGUAUAAGCUUCUUAAGACAAAUUGUUCUUAUAUAUGUCAAAAUAUACAAUACAAAAGUUGUACUUUAAAAUAUUAAGAAGUGAAUCAGAUACUCAAAUACUUUUCAUUAUGAAAUUAUAUUCUUAAGUUAAAAACGUUUUAUACUUAAGAAAAGAAUUGUUUAUUCUUCAAAUAAAUAUUUAUUUCUUGAAUAAAACAUGAUUUGUUCUUAAAUUAAAAAUAUUCAUUCUUUAUUAAAGAGGGUUUGGUUCUUAAAAGAAGAAUGGUUUACUCUCCAAAUAAGAAUAUUUGUUUCUUACAUGAAAAAUACUUCGUUCUUGAAUAUAAGAGUAUCAUUCUUUAACUACGAAUUUUUCUGACUUAAAUUAAAACUAUUCGUACUUAAAUUAAGAACUGUUCAUGCUUAAACGAACGUUUUUUAUACUUAAUGUGUUCACUUGCACAGUUUAAACUAAGACACUUUAAUACUUGAAUAAAGAAUUUUUCGUUCUCAAACCAA